CGUAAAAACGUGCAGUGAUUGGUUUAAUCAAACGUCCCUGUGCAGCUGAUUGGUUGGCGAGCUUGGAGUUUAAAACAUUUAAAUUGAGGGCGGUCGGCUGGAGCGGAGAUCGGUGUUCCUGGUUACACGCACACGGACGCCAGUGGUCAGAGCGGUGCGGCAGCUAUACUUGGUUGUACCCUCAUUCCCUAAACCGAUGGCAUCACAGAAUGUAGAUCCGGCCGCCGCCCCGUCAGCCGCUGCCAGGAAGGGGCUGGAGCCUGGCGCUCAGGCUGCCCGCGGGUCUGUGGGGAAACGGUUGCAGCAGGAGCUGAUGACACUGAUGAUGUCAGGAGACAAAGGUAUCUCUGCUUUCCCAGAGUCUGAUAACCUGUUCAAGUGGAUUGGUACCAUUGAUGGAGCGGUGGGAACGGUGUAUGAGAGUCUAAGGUAUAAGCUGUCACUGGAGUUCCCAAGUGGCUAUCCCUACAAUGCCCCUACUGUGAAAUUUAUUACUCCUUGCUUUCACCCCAAUGUUGAUGGCCACGGAAACAUCUGCUUGGACAUUCUGAAGGAUAAGUGGUCGGCUCUGUAUGAUGUUAGAACUAUAUUAUUGUCUCUUCAGAGCCUUUUAGGAGAGCCCAACAAUGACAGUCCCUUGAAUCCACAUGCUGCAGAGCUCUGGCAGAAUCAGAUGGCAUACAAGAAGCAUCUACAUGAGCAGUACAAGAAGCAAGUUCGAGAAAAGGACAUCUGACUGGCUCCCUGUGUUCUGCGCUGUACAUGACUGCUGUAAUAUAUGCUUAACUUAAUACUAGUCUGUGUUGUACAAAUAAAGUGAUUUUAUAAUUUU